CGGCGGGUCGGGUCACCCGCGGUUCCCCGGCGCUGCCGUCCCGCCCGCGGAGCGGAGCCCAGCCCUGCCCAGCCCUGCCCUGCCGCUGCCUUCCCGCCACCGGGCGGUUGGGUGGGGUGACGGCCCGAAGCUACCCCCAGAAACGCAUCCGCACCCCGGGGCCAGAGGCGGCGUCUCGGCGGCGGCUUCCCCGGCUCCGGGACGCUCGCUGCCAACUCCGGUUCCCGGCCGAGGAGUGUCCGUGGUGAGGGGCGCCGGGGGGCCGGCGUAACCCCAACCCCGCGAAGGGUCCACCCGAGGGACCAUGUCUCCCGCCAGCUGGCGGUGGCCGGUUUGCUUGCUGGUGCUCACCUGCGUGAUGGCCGGACCGUCCGUGAGUCAAGAGUGCUCCGCGGAGAAAAUGGAAAAUACCAUCAUCGAUAUAAACUUGUCACUGCCCAAAGGCAUCAGGGGCGCAGAGCCGGUGUACGUCCCAAGCUCAGAAGCUUGCAUUCGUGUUUGCUGCUCGGGGGAAAAGGUCUCAGGAGACAAGAAGUGCAAUUUGAUGAUUUUUGAUGCUCGAAGGACAGGCGCACAUCCAAACUGCUACCUGUUUUACUGUCCUAGCACAGAGGCUUGUCCAAUGAAACCUGCGACAGGCUUUGUGAGCUACAAGAUAACUAGAGACACCAAUGCCCUAGAGGAUACGUACUUCAAAAGUGAGGAUUUUUCUUCAAAUGGGUCUUCGGAAGCUGGAGCCUUUAUUCCUCGCAGUCAGACUAGCCGUCAGAAUCAUACCGCUGCUUUGCAACCGUCUGUCUUUCAUCAGGCAUCUGAACUCCAGAACCACCUGGGCCAGCAUUUAGACAGCAGUGAAUUUCAUACAGUUUUUCCUGAAUCUCAAAGAGCAAAACAUCCUGAGAGCUUAGACCCUAUCCUAGGGCAGAAAGUAAUUAAUCUACUGUCAAAUACAUCUUCUGCUGUUCGAGUUGGAAACCCCUCUGCUUUGUUCCUCACCACGCAGUCCAGUGGUCUCAAACCCAGCGGAACUACUCUUACUCCUCUGUCCACAAGCAGCAGCAGACUGGAAUCUACAGCCUCUCUGCCUACUGGUGUUGCUAAAGCUACUUCUGUCACCACCACCACCACCACCACAGCUAUCUUACCAUCUACUGCAGCCCCUAGAGCUAAACCUGGCAUGCCUACCAGCAGCAUAGCUGCUACUCAUGUUCCUCUUCCUAGGCCCACAACUUCUGCUUCCACAACCAAGCGGGUGAUGAAUUCCAGACCUGCUACCACCGUGUCAGGGCUAAGAACUCCAGGCAUCACCCUUGAGCCAACAGUUGUCUCUUCCAGCAACACCAACCAUGUUACCCUCCCUGCUUCUUCAGGUUUCACUCUGUCUACUAGUGAUUCCCCCACGGCUUCCCAAAAUGACGCUCAGGGUUAUGACCUGUCUGAUUCAGAAAGCUACCUGCCAAAGGGGUUUCUGAGAGGGAAAGAUCUUGUUCAGCUGGGAGAAAAAAGCAGCCUUGUAGUGGCUUUGAUUUUUGGGGUGAUAUUCUUGUUGCUAGUUAUUGCAUUGACAGGGAAGAAAAUACACGAGUCCCUUCAGAAGAGGCAUUAUACCAGACUGGAUUACUUGAUCAAUGGAAUGUAUGCUGAUGUAUGAUGGGGAGAGGGAAUAACAUUGUGAGGAGUAUCUCUCAUCUUUGAGAGGACAAAUAUGAAAUAGAACAGUAGAUAUUGAAAUCUCAGAAGAGGAUGGAUUCCAUUUUUUGGCCACUAACUGGAAAGUGAUGAAUGGCUUUGGUGGAGAAAAGAACUGCUUUUUUUUGCGCUGAACUGUAAUGUCUAUAAUUUUUGAUUUAUUACUAAAUCCAGAAAAUAAACACUAAAAUCCAAGUUAAGCUAAGAAGGUUUUAUGCUUAAGGAGAAAAAGCAUUUGAAGAACUUAAUCUGUACUGUGACAAGUGAAAUAGAAGUACAUCUAAUAAACUGAGUACCUGUGCAGUG